AUGAGUCACCUGCCAGUCAUCGCAGUGGUCGACGACGAGAUCGUGCGCGCGACGCAUGGAUUGACAGAUUUAGUGUCGCGACCAACCAUUGAGGUCAAGGCCUGCUAUGGUGUUCCCAAGACAUCCAACGGGGUGGACGUGGGCGGCGACGUCACGAUGAACGGGACGCCACAACUGAACCGAGCAGACGUGCUCGUAGGCGAGGCGCUCGACAAGGCAUUGGCGGACAAUUCAGACGCGGUCGAGGUCAGGUGGCCUUUUGCGCCCGAGGACAAGAUCGACUGGGAGGGGCGCGAGAUUGUCCUCCUCCAGAUGUACGCAAUGCUCAACAUCAAGCCGAAUAACAAUACGCACCCUCUCCUCCUCGUUCCGCCAGCAUCAUCCCCAACCCUGCCCCUGUCAGAGCAGGAGCUCUACACUCAGAUGGUGUUUGAGAACCUGAACGCGCCGCAGCUCGCACUGUUCCCAAACUCGAUCGUUUCGCUGCUCGGGCUGAACACGACGACAGGCAUUGUUCUGCACAUUGGGCGCAGUACGUCGACUGUGGCUGUCGUCUUUGACUCGAUCGUUAGGUGGGAGUGCGCCACAUCCGUCGACAUUGGCGAGCUGGACUGCGAGUCUCACCUCGAGAAACUCCUUUUUGCAGACGAGUGGCUCGACAAGGAGUUGAAGAAGGCAGCUGGCGUCGAGUCCUUUGGCCCGGGACAGAAGGGCAAGUAUGUUCGUGAGAUACGCGAGUUUAUCUUCGCCGAGUGCACCGGCGAGGACAUCGAGGUGCCUCUCCCAAAAGGCGCCGGACAGAAGACUGUCGAGGUGGCUGGCAAGGCAGAGAAGGAGGACGAGGGGUUCGACGUCGCGAAAAAGCUGACAGCGGAUGUCGCGCCCCCCCCGCAGAUCGCAAACUCGCACAAGUCGAAGAAGCAACAGGCGCAAAUGUUGGCAGCUGCGCAGUCCAAGGCGCAGGCUGCGGCUGACGCGGCCGUCGCAGCGGACAUUAUUACCAUCUCGAUUCCCUCGUUGCCCAAUAAGGAGAUUGUCGUCGGGCAGAUACGCGGCGGCGACACAGUGUGGGAGGCGAUCGGUCGCGCAGUGGAGAACUCGGCACUCAACGGCUAUGAGCGCGUGGCGGUAUGGGACGGGCUCGCGAUCGUGGGCGACAUGGCGCGGUUCAAGUCGCUUCCCAUCGCCAUCGCGACGUACGUCAGUCCGUAUCUCCUAUCCUCGUCGGACCUGCCAUCAGACUCGCAGCCAGGACGCGUCAAGUUACUCUCGAUACCAGAAUACUUUGCCAACUACAAGGGUGCGACGGUCGACCUUGCACCGUUCAUUGGCGCAUCCAUGGUUGCCAAACUUGCGUUCAAUGAGAGUCAGGGUAAGCACUAUGUGUCCAAGUUGGACUACAACUCGCACGGUCCAUCGUGCAUCCAUGGCGUGUGGCCAGAGGCCCAGCAGCAGUAG